UCAACCCAAGCCCCUGGAUCUUUACCCUCUCAAGAAUCCAUAACCCCUUUACCCAUUUAUAAGAAUCAUUUCUUGUUUUUUUCUGCUUCACUGUUGAUUCCCAACAUUAGCCUUUUGUUCAUCAUUGUACUGUGAGGAAGAGGCUUUCUUCUUGUGCAAAGCAAAGUUUGUGUCUUUUUGCUUUUGGGUACUUCUGAAAGUGCUUGAUUUGAGGUAAAGAACUGAUUUUGAUUUAUGGGUCAGUGGAUUUUAUUGUUUUCUCAAGUGAGUCAGAUUAGUUUUGAGGAGUUAUGGGGAGUUUGUGGUAACAGAACAGAUUUUUAUAUUUAAGCUUUCAAUUUCUUGUGUUUUUGUUUGUGGAAUCUGAAUUUGCAAUUCACUGGAGAAAAUGGGUUGAGUAUGAUAUCUGGGGUUUUGAAUUUGUGAUUACUUGAAUGGUUGAAGGUUGUUCAUGGGGAUUCUUGAACUAGUCAGUGUUAACUAGUACUUUGUUGUGUUUGUGCCGGUGGGAGGUAGCAGGUAUCCUGUGAAAUAGUUGAGGUGUGUGUGUAAGCUGGUGUAAACGCUAAUGUCAUUUCAAAAAGUGCUUUGAUGUAUCUGUUGAAAGACUAGAAGAGGGGUAAGUGGAGAAGGGUAGAGGGAUGGGCCUGUUAUUCCUGAGUUUCGAAUAGGAGAGGAGUAAGUGGAGAAGGGUAUAGGGGCGGAACCAUUAUUCGUGAGUUUUGGAGGUUAGCUACUGAGGUAGAGAAAGAUGAAAAGAGGCAUAGGUGAAGAGAAAGUUAUGGGGCCUAUGUUUCCAAGGCUUCAUGUUAAUGAUACAGAAAAAGGAGGUCCAAGAGCACCUCCAAGGAACAAGAUGGCUCUUUAUGAACAGCUUAGUAUCCCUUCCCAACGAUACAACCCUGGUGAUUUGCCUCAUAACAGUAGUAACAGUGCAAAUUUGGUCCCUCCUCACUCAAGCCAGGAGAAUGAACACGAAAGAGGUGUAUUUUUCUCAAGACAACUUCCUGCAUUAAGACAUCCAGUUGCGAAACCAUAUGGACGUAGUUCUGGUUCAAAUACUCCAUUGCGGGAUGUUAAGUCUAAAAGGCAGACACAAAAGGAAGAUUUUAGAGUUCCCACUUUUGGUAACUCCAAGGAGCGUGCAGUAAGCACAAAGGACUAUUCUAAAGGUACCUCAGAUUCUUUAUCUAUAGAUAAGCGAGACGGUACUUUGAAGCGGACUGAUCAACUCUCGCAUUUCAAACCGAGAGAGAAUCUUGUUAAUACCUUUGGUGAAUCACACAAGACCAAUAUAGUACAGUUGGAAUUCAGAUCUGAUUCUCAAGUUGAUUGCACUGUCUUUUCUGGAUCUGUCAUAGAUGUUGAUGAUGACUCCCAGGAAGACAAGACGUGUAAAUCAUCACAAACAGGAGAAAUGGCCCACAGUGAUGAAAUAUCAGAGACUUCCAUGGUCGAGUAUGUAUCUGAAAUGGACAUAUCUCCUGAUGAUGUUGUCAGAAUGAUUGGACAAAAACAUUUCUGGAAAGCAAGACGAGCUAUUGCCAACCAGCAGAGAAUGCUUGCAGUCCAAGUAUUUGAGUUGCAUAGACUACUCAAGGUCCAGAAACUGAUAGCUGCUUCGCCAAAUGUGAAUCUCGAAGAUAAUGCUUAUUUAGGCAAACCUGUAAAGAGGUUGUCUGCUAAAAUAAUUUCUUUGGAGCAUAGUGUCAAAGCACCUGAAAUUGUUUCGCGGCCAAAGAAUGAUUCAGGGAAACCUAAAGAUAGGAUGGAACGCAAUGCUGAAAAUGAUGUAGGAAAGACAUCUCUUUCUUCAGUACACAAUGGUAGGCAACCUUCUAGCUGCAAUCCACUUUCAGGAAAACAACUACCAACACCUGUAAAACAUGAUUCCCUUAUGAGUCCUUGGUACUUCAAUCAACCUCCGGGGCACCAAUGGUUGAUACCCAUGAUGUCUCCUUCUGAAGGACUCGUGUUCAAGCCACACUCUGGACCUGCAGUCAUGAGUCCAGUAUACGGAGGUUGUGGACCCCCAGGGUCGACUCCAAUGAUGGGAAACUUUUUAGCUCCAGCAUAUGGACUUCCCUUUGCGCCUCCGACUGGUCAUGGCUACUUUCGUCCCUUUGGCAUGCCAGUUAUGAAUCCGGCAAUCCCAUCUCCAGCUCAAUAUCAAUCGAACCAGGUUGCUGCAUCGCAUUCUAAAGGUCAGUUAUCGGGAGGGAGAGCUAGUUUUAACGUUCAACACCAGAACUCAAGUAAUGCUGGGAGUGAGAAUGAUGGAACCAUGCCAGAAGGUGUGAGAUUGUACCCCUCUAGAGAUUCUGAGUUGCAGGCCAGUACUGCAAGUAGUCCGAGUGAAAGAAUUCGUGCAGUAGACAUGGGCAACUCCACAAGAGGAAGAAGUGCAUUUCAUCACUUCCCAACUUCUCCAGCUGUUGACAAUCCCGUUCUUAGGCCUCAGCCUCAUUUUCCUCAACGCCCUGCCCUAGCAAUCAAAGUUACACCUCACAAUGCCCGAUCAGCUACAGAAUCUGUUGCUCGGAUUUUUCAGUCCAUACAAGACGAGAGAAAACAGUAUUGAUUCAGAUUUUUAAUCCAGGAUGAUGAGUUUUUUGGUCUAUUUGUUGUUACCUCUUUGACUGUAUUGUUGUAAUUGGAUUUCUAACUCAGCUGGUGAGCCACGUUAAAGGUAACUACUUUGUGUUGCACCCCUAUCUUUAAAGGGUGAACAGCAACAACAACAUAUCCAGUGAAAUUCCAGCAAGUGAGAUUUGGGAAGGGUAGGUGUAUCCAGACCUUACCACUACCUAAUGGAGGUGGAAAGGCUAUUUCCGAAAGACGCUCAGCCCUAUCUUUAGAGGGUGAGGGUGGCUAAUUUUUGAUGUUGUAAUUCUGAACUCGUUAUGUGUUUGGGUGAUUUGUUCUGCAUUAGCUCCUUGGUCUUGAGAUACUGGGAAGUAUGGCAAACUACUCUACAUUGUUACUUUUUUUUUUUGUUUAACAAUCUGAU